CAAAAUUAAUACAAUAUAGAAAGAAUUAUACCAUUCUGUAACCAAGAAUAAUUUCCUAUUACGCAAAUAAAGAUCUAAACGAGCAGUUCUCUACUUCUACCUGGUACAUUUUGAGGCUCGAAGUAUAAAUGACUCGACCUUUGCUCGCGGUAGUUUCGAAGAAUUCUUUCUGGACCCUGAGUGUGGCCCAUGGAUCUAAGAAAUCACUUCAUCGACAAAGAAGCAGAGACUCUGUAGUUUAUGAUAUCCAUUCAAGGGAAUCCUUGAAGUCAAAGCAAGUUUACGUUUUUGGUUUCUCAGCAACUGGAGCUCUCGGUAAUGAGAAAUAUCUUGGUCUUCAUGGUAAACCUGGUGUUGGAGGUGUAUCACGGCCUACGCCUUUGGAAUGUUCGUCGUCUUUAGGUGUUCCGUUAAAAGCUGCUUGUGGAUAUGGCUUCACAACAUAUAUAUGUGGAGGCAGUCAUGGGGAUUUUGGCGUCUACGGCUGUGGGAUCAACAGUGAUGGCCAAUUAGGAUCACAGUCGGUUGGAUUAAAAACCAAACUUCCUACAGGCAACUCAGUAAAUGUUGUUCCUGAACUUGUGAGAAUUGCUAUCUGUCUUGAUAAUACGCAAAAACAAAUAUAUCGUCCUUCUCAUGUGGCAUGUGGUCGAGCACAUACUAUUAUAUCCUAUGAAAAUUUGAAAGAGUCGAAUAGUGAUACACCUCCUCUUGUUUUCAGCCUGGGUAACAAUGUUUUUGGGCAGUGUGGAAGAGAAAUAAUUCCUGGCGAAAAGUACGAUCGUGAUGUGGAAGUUAUAACAAAAAUAGUCUUGCCACCAGAAAUAAAAUCUAUCAAACAAUUAGUUUGCGGUCAAGACCAUACCUUGUUACUCAGCUCAGACGGUGUUGUUUAUUCCUGUGGACUUGGAUCAGAUGGUCAGACUGGUUUAGGUCAUUAUAAUGUGGUUGAUCGAUUUUCUGCUGUAAAAGGUUCAUUGGUAAAUGAACGUGUUUGUUUGCUAUCGUCUCGCGGUGAUACUGUUCUUGCUCUUACUGAAUCCAAUAAAUUAUUUGCUUGGGGUAAUAAUGAAUACGGUCAAAUAUGGCCAUUAGAUCAAGAUGUACAAGUUUCAGAACCUGUUCACUUAAAUUUAGAUCAUUGUAUUGUACCAGUAGAAUCUAAUUUAUCUUCGGAUAAUGUUCAUGUAGGUGAAGUACAAUCAAUUGCUUGUGCCGGUUCUAUGUGUUGUAUUGUUAAUAAAAUUGGACAGGUAUUCGUUUGGGGCUUUGGAUGUAUUGGAUUAGGUCCAAAGGUUACUUGUUCACCUCGUCCAACAUUGAUUCCACCUGGUUUAUUUAUACCAGCUAUCGUAAAUAGUGAAUCUUGUAUUAAUUAUGUUGCUGCUGGUCUACAUCAUUUUAUUGCCCAAAGUAAUGAUGGUUUAUUAUGGGCCUGGGGUGCUCCACGUGGUGGUUUAUAUUGUCUAGGCUUAGGUAAACAAAUUACAAGUAAUUCUGUUAAUCAAACCUACCCAGUUCCAUUACUUCUUUCAAUUAAAUCUAAAGAUGUAGUAUGUGGUGUUGAUCAUACUGUUGUGAUUGGCAAAUCAUUUGGUUAAUAUUUGCUCAUUGUUCAUAUAUUAUUUAUUGUAAAUAUGUAUACAUUUCCUCACGGAACUAGCACUUUAACAAAAAAAUGUUUAUAUAUAUACGAUCGUACAGCUGGAUAUAUAUAUAUAUAUAUAUAUAUAUAUAUAUAUAUAUAUAUAUAUAUAUAUAUAUAUAUAUAUAUAUAUAUAUAUACUGUAAUUCUACCCUUCUGUAUUACAUAACUAUUAUUCAAGAAUUGUAUGUUUGAUAGUUCAGUCUGUAUUGUAUUAUUCGCAUUACAAUUUUGUAUAAUAAAAAUACAUUGGCAAAAUAUGUUUUACUUAUGUUCUGUUUUGUAGUUAGCUUGAUUUGUUUUAUUAGCUUCAUUUACUUCAUUUAUUGAUGCUCUUAUUCUUUACAUUGAAUUUAAAUCCAGUAGAUUCAUGUAACAAUACUCUUAAUAAUUAGUUAUUUUUCACAUUGUUUAUUUAAUACACAAAAUGUAUCUAUUAAAUAAAUCUGUCAACUAGGAAUUGGGAUUAUAAUAAUGUCUCUUGAUUACUACACCAACAAAUUCAUGAAGUAGAUGGACUACUAGGAUUUGAGUUUCUGACCUUGUUGUUGAAAAUCAAGUACUCAUUAAGCUAUUGGUUCACAUUUCUGAGAGAAUGACUGCUAUCUUUACAAGAAGGAGAAGAGUAGGAAAUUGAGCAAUAUGACAUUCAGUAUGAUUGGGUUUAUUUUUAUAGAAUAUUUAGUUUCCGGAAGUCAAACUAAAAAGUAAGAUACGUUUACCUAGUUAAAGUAUAUUGUUUGUCAUGUUUAUCCAUUGCGACUGUUAGUUAACAAAUCAAUAUUUGGAUAUUUUCAUCUAUACCACCCAUAACUAACUUCUAACGAAAAUUGGCCGCCUAUUUAUCCAGUCAUUUCUUAUAAUUCGGAUUUAUCUUCAACUAUUUUGAUGCUAAAUAUACCUCGACUAUCAAAAUUUAUUCAUAUGUACUUUUAAAUUUAUAACAGAAACGAUUAAUAAUAAACAUAUUUUUGUUAUUUAAUAUUUGAAUUCAUGAGUCGAUUAAAGCUAGACCACCAUGGAAAACCUGCAAGCACUGGACAGUCGUUUCGUCCUAGUAAGGGACUCCUCAGCAGUGUGCAUCCACGAUCCUGCUCGCGGGACUCGAACCCAGGACUCUGUAUCUCGCGCGCGGGCACCCAACCUCUAGACUACUGGGCUGGCAUCCAACGGUGUUAAUGUCUAACUUCAGUCAAUACGCGAAAUCGCGCCACCGUCCACCAUCUCAGGUAUUGAUGUUUGAGUAAGCAUGUGUAAGCGCAUGGGACUUCCCACGCCGUGUGGUCUAUUCUUCUCCCGAAGCGCCCCUAUCUUUUCAUCGAGUUUCUUAAACAGUAGGAGUUACUGCAUACUGACCUCUUUCUCUCUAGGAACAUGACUUCUAAAUAACCUAUAAGGUCAUACAACACUUAUUUGUUUCCAAGAAACCUUUGGUAGUUGCGGGUUGUAUAGAGGAUACUGUAGCUUCUUAUCACUUAAAUUUGGCCUCACAUUUUAUCUCCACUCAAGUAGUAUCAAAAUUCUAGCAAGUUGAAACUAAGAGACCAAUUGCAUAUAUAUUUUGUUCAGGGAGGAAAGCAUUGCUCUAGGAUAAUCCUUUGACAAAUUCGUACUGAUGGUCUAAAACUAAAGGUUUCCAAAAAAUUUAGAAACUGGGAAUUUUAACAGACUCGCGUCAGUUGCUUAUUAGCAAAUGUGUUCAUUAAAAUAAGUCACCUAAUAACAUGUAUAGGAUUAAUGAAUAUUUGAUUUCCUGGUAUUUGUUAGAAAGAGACAAAAAUAGCUACAAUUUAAGUGUUAGCUAUUGCCAUUAUUACCUUUGAAAACAAUCUCAUUUCUUUGUUUGUGUUGUGACUUGAACUUGGGUCGAUUUUUACCCCGUGCCAAUUGUUGUGUCCUUGACUGAAAAGAUUAGAGAGCAGUGUAUUAUAGAUCGAAUCAGUGACACGUAAAACACGCACAAACGGCCUAAAGUCCUGCUUCCCUGUCUAGCCCAGCCAGUUGAGUCCAGAACACAAGUCACAGCCUCUGAGAUAUGAGUCAUUAUAUUUCAGACAUACUCUGUUUAUAUACCAAUCAGACAAACCACAUCGUACCAUAAAAUAGAAAACAACAUUUGUACAAUAUUUAACAAGUGAAACAAAUAUUGACCAAUAGGGAAUGUCCAUUUAAAGUUCAGGGACACCAUUAGACUUAACAUGAUAAUUAUUGGUACAUUCCUCUGCAUCCCUAACAGUUUAAAGAUAUUUCGUUCACACUCAGCGUUUGUAAGAGAAGCUAAAGCGAUAUGAUUUUGAAGUGCCCCUAAAAUAGAAAAUUAGUCUGACCGCCCAAUUAGUUGUUUUCAUCUACCUUCACAGUCACCUCUGUUUAAAAUGUUAAAGUAAAUACUAUUGGUUCUCACAGUUGAUCAACGACUCUGUUAUUGCUUAAUCACAUAGUGAACAAGUUAUUUACACAAAUGGGUCUUUAUUUUUAUAUUGACGUUGAUUGAAUGGGUUUGUUAAAUAGAAGUUCACAGUCCUCCUCAACUCAAAUUUCAUUACAACUGCUGAAAGUACUAUAAAAUUGCCAGUUAUUUUUUGGUUGUAUAAACUAGAGCUUAAAUUAACGAUUAUCAACAUCCAAGCCAUUGAGUUUGUUUUAUAUUUCCAGUGGCAUCGUAUAUUUUUACUAUCUUUGUGAUUCAUACCCAGCUAUUCUCAGCACUUAUUUUAACUAUCCGAGAUCUGAAGGGUUUUAGGCUUGUGAACGAUUCGAGAGAAUUUUAUUUCUGUUUGUUCCCUUCUACUUUGCUUGGUUUGGCUAUGCGGUUAGUAUUAAUAGAUCACAAAUAAACUGAUAUGAAACAGUUUGCAUAAAAAUCCUACUUGGUAAGUAAGUAUACGUAGUUAUUGCUAAAAAAAUAAGUCAUAGAAUAUACUAGAUGAGUAUGGAUUUUAUUCAUGUUUCCUAGUAUCAUAUUACUGUGUUUGGUGAUGUCGCUUACUAACACUUCAUGGUUAUAUUUGGAAUUGUAAUUUUGGUUUAAUCUUUUUAAUAUUUCUAGAUAAAGAGGUGAUUAACAACUUUGUAUGAUAAAAGUUGUUUUUAAGACAGUUAUAUCUAUGUUUAUAUAAUUUUCAACACUGCAAUUAUCGUCAAAAUUUUAUCAUUCAACUGCCACAUAUUAUUACGUCCUGUAUUUCUUCGAUUAUGUCAAUGCAAUUCACUAUCCAAUUUUCCAUUGGAGAAAUAUAAUGCUUAUGAUAUAUUAGGUGUAAAACAAUCUGCAACUUUUAGCGAAAUUAAAUCUGCUUAUUAUGAUUUGUCGAAAUGCUUACAUCCAGACCGAUUACUUCAUACUAAUCCGGAGAAAUUGAGGAGGGAAGAAUUUCAAUUAGUCACGGCUGCCUAUGAAUUACUUCGUGAUCAGGAAACUCGAUCACAGUAUGAUCGAUAUUUAGCAAGUAAUUGCUUGGUCCAAACAGAUAAAAUCGAUAAAUCGGCAAAUUUUGAUGCUAAAUUUCAACAUGCACGUAAUUUAUAUAUGCGACACCGGAAAUCCAGAACAUAUAAAUCAUAUCGACGUGGACCGGAUGAAGUUGUGGAAGAAUUUAGGAGCAAAAUUAAAACAAACGUCUACCCUAAAAAUAUAUCAGAUUAUUAUACAUGUGAACCUCAACCACGUAUAUGCACUCCAUUUUUGUUAACUAUUACGCUAAGUACGUUUUUAUUGUAUUGUAUAUUGAAACUAAAUUGAACAAUAGCGAUAUUUACUCUGAAAGUUGAAAAUAGUUAGGUUCAAUUACUUGUUCUGUAAAAGUAUUUAUUGUACCAUACAUGGAUGAACCAAUCAGUACCGAGAUAAAGACUUGAAUUUUUGCGCUUGAGUCAAAACUGAAUGUCUAAUAUCUAAUGUCACGUAAAUAUUGAAGUAGAGAUACAAUUAUUUAGUGUUCAGAACGUCUAAA